UCAUAUGCUGAUCUCUCUAUAUACGAACUCAGUUCUUCUCUUAAUUGCUGUAAAUUCACAGCUUCCUCUUUUUUGUAAGAAUUUAUCAUUUAUCAAGCUAUGGAGACACAUAAUAAUACGGGACAGCAGAAACCGAAAGAGACACCGCCUGCUGCGAGUUCAUGUCGGAAGAAGACGAACGAGAAAGCCGCGUUUUUGGAGGAUUUGAAAGAUCACAUGGAUGAGUUCAUUCAUGCCUCUAUGGAAGAUCACAAGAGUUGCUUUAAGAACACUAUGCAAAAAAUGUUUGGAAUGUCCAAGAUUGUUGUUGCAGAGAAGAGUGCUUCUGAUCAUGCAAAAGAAGUUGAGAGUUCUUUGCCUGUCCGUACGGAUUAGUAUAGAUUUGGAACUAUAUAGUAUGAUUAAGGAGUGGUUUAACAUAAAUCAGAUUUAGCCAUCUUAGAUAUGUUUAUUUUGUUCUAUUAGGCUAAUGGGACUUUUAAUGAUGCUUUAUUUAUGUCUGAUUGAUGAUUUGGGUAAUUUUGACAAAGAAUUAUGUUUGAUCAACUAUUAAAUGCAUGU